AUCCACAUUCACUAUUGUUUUUUUUAGUUAACUUUUUCGGUUUGGAUCCUUAGCCCAAUGGCAACAAUGAUGCUACAUGUUGCCUGAGGAGGGCCACAUGUUAAAAAAAGAAAAAUCAAUGAUUCAAAAAGUAUCACCUAAUCUUUGAAUUGAACCAUAAAUUUGUUUCAAUUGUUAGCAGUUUAUUUUAACCAAGUUUGGUACAUAAUCUCUCUACAUUAGUUUGAUGAGUAUUGAAUGAGUAUUGAUUCUCUUCAAUUAAUUUCAUACCAAACUUGAGUUAUGGAUACAAUCCCAACUCGGCCCUACCAUAAUUGUUCUCGUUUCUGAUUUCUGUAGUCACGGCUUUGAUUUCUGUGAUAGCUUCUCUCAGAUGAGAAGAUAGAUCCGAGUUUUAAUGAAAACCAUUCCAUAAAAUUAGUGAAGACAAAUCAGGCAGAGAUCAGAAUCCUUGAACCCAUCACUCAUGGGUUCGGAUCAGGCUCUGUUCCGCAACAGCCUCCUCGCCCUGUACCUCAUCGGACCGCCGACCGCCGUCGCCCUGAGGUUCCUUCAGGCGCCGUACGGGAAGCACAACCGGCCGGGGUGGGGGCCGACUAUGUCCGCGCCCUUGGCCUGGUUCCUGAUGGAGAGCCCCACCCUGUGGCUCACCCUCCUCCUCUUCCCCUUCGGCGAUCACUCCUCCGAGCCCAAGCCGAUCCUUCUCAUCUCCCCCUUCCUCCUCCACUACCUCCAUCGCACCUGCCUCUACCCAAUUCGGCUUCUCCGGCAACGGAAUUCCGCCGCGGGUUUCCCGGUGGCGGUGGCGCUCAUGGCAUUCGGGUUCAAUGUGCUGAAUUCUUACCUGCAAACCAGAUCGGUGUCUCACUACAAGAGCUACGAGGGAGACGGGUGGUUUUGGUGGCGGUUUUCCGUUGGGGCGGUGGUUUUUGCGACGGGGAUGGGAGUGAAUAUUUGGUCGGACGGUGUUUUGGUAGGACUGAAGAGGGCCGGCGGCGGGUAUAAACUGCCGACGGGAGGGUGGUUUGAGUUGGUGAGUUGCCCUAAUUACUUGGGGGAGGUGGUGGAGUGGCUGGGCUGGGCCGUGAUGUGCUGGUCCUGGGCCGGGCUUGGGUUUUUCCUUUACACGUGUGCCAACUUGGUGCCUAGGGCACGUGCGAACCACACGUGGUAUCUGAACAAGUUUGGGGAGGAUUAUCCCACGACUAGGAAGGCCAUUAUUCCCUUCUUGUAUUGAGAAUGUACCAAAGUGGGAAUUAAAAUACCCCUGUAAAAUUUUAUAUUAUAUCUAUAUGGAAAUUUAAAGAAAAUUUCUCUUC